CCCUGUCUUGUCUUGCAAGCGAAAUAAGGAACUUCGGUCGCCACUGUUGCCCGACAUCCUGCUUUCACUUCCACCCACCCCUGCGAUCGCGAACUUACACUUGAGCAGACCCACUAUUCCCCAACGCCCCAACCCAGCCCCCUUCCAUUUCCCCUCCUCGUUCUACCCCCACCCCACCCCAUGCCACUCCUGCAUCCAUCCCAUCCCCGCAUUCCUCCUCCUCUUGCCCCGUUCGUUUGCAAACCUAGCUCCCCCUCUCCCUCGUCUUCCUCCUCCUCCUCCUCCUUCUCUUGAUCAUCUCGCUUAUCCCACCGCUGCCGGAUCCGCAUCCUGCCUUGUCCUGUUCUUAGGGUUUUCUUGCUCAUGUACCCUCACAGUAUAUAGGAUUGGGCAGGGCCUUGCUGUCGGUUUCGCACUUCGAUCUGCUUUUGCGCUGGUGCUGCUGAUUCAUCGCCAGCGAACUGGAGCAUAUGAAUGGGUUGGCACGUCCCUGGAGUCCUUAGUUUCCUCACGCAGGCAUGAUUAGUGGCCUUCUCGCAGGUUCGUUCUUUUGGCGCUCAUACUGGCACAAACAGCAGCUGCUAAACAGGAGUCUAGUAUCGAUGGGGCGGAGGCGGAUGGAAUUCCACCUUAACAUUUGACCUCUCACUUUCCAUUUCUUGGGCUGUGUAUGGCACUGUUUGUAGCUCCACUACGGAAGGGUGGUAGAGGAAAAUGCAUCUAGUGAAAGGCGUAUCAGCAUUUUUACGCCGAAGCUCGCCAGGACAUUCUCGUGGGGACGGGGACUGCGCAGGAGAUAGAUUGACUGCGCCUUCUUGGCCUGAUAUUCAAUUUAGAAAUGAGGGAGAUGAAGCUUUCCUUGGAUCGUUGUGGCAAGAUUACCAAGAGGCACUGGGGCUGGAAGAGACGCAAAAAACGCUAGAGUCUUUUCUGGAUAAUUUUGUUCGCACAUUCACGGAUUGGACCCCUGUCGAGGAUCCUUGUCGUGGGGAAGUACUUGUUCAAGCGGCUGGAAAUGAGGGUAGCAUAUACGGGGACAGUAGCAAGACAGUCGUAGGUUGCAUACAUGGACAUCCAACGAAAGUCAUCGUCGGACUUAUACGAGAGCUGAAGGCUGUUAUUCAGAUUUUUUCUGCAUUAAAUACGAAUUCAGAUGGCAGCUCGGAUAUGUGGCUUAAUGAGGCUGACAUGGCUAUGUUUCUACUUCUUACUCAAGCUUUGAAUAUAGUGACCCGAGCUCCGCACAACCAGAGAAUAUUUUCAUACUUUGGUGGUCUUCAGUCUCUGAUGGGCGUGAUGAAAGCUGCUGUUGUCCAAUUGAAGGUUGUAGCAAGUGUGGUCGUCUCUGAUGACCAUACGCCAGAUUCAGUCACUUCUCAACUAAGCUUCCUGCAGACUUUGCUCAGUAACAUAGUAUCAAUUGUAGCGAAUUACAUCGAUUCGGAAGACAAGUACGACAAAUCUUCUACGACCAAUGAAUCAAGAGUUCGUGAGUCAUCGGACUUUUCAAGCAAAAGUCGGCGGAGUAUGCACAGACGGUCAUCUACCGACACUGGACUAGAAACUACUAUUUCUCGGCAAACCUUGAAAGGUCAGGAAACCACGGGGAAUAGAAGUAAUCGCGAGGCAACUGGAGUUUCUAGCGGCACAGUUCCAUUGAUGGAGACUGGCGGACUGAAUUGGUUCGUGGAGCUGUUAAAAGUUCUUCGAAAAUUGCGCCUGAAGGGUGUUCCAUCAGAUUCAUCCCUUGAACAGCUUGUGCUUUACUCACUUAAACAGACGCUUGUGGGAAACACUCGAUCACAGAAUUUUUUUCGAGUUAUUGGAGGUCUUCAGGUUCUGUUGGAUGGGCUUGGAAGUCUGUCGCCGCAAGGUGAUGUAGAUGAUGAUGGGGCAUCGAAUGUUGUGGUGAGAAGGGAAAGAAACAUUAGCGAGCCAGCCACCUCGCAUGCAAAGGCCUCUAUUGAGACAGCGUCAAUAGAAUUUGAUUUGCAACUCUUAUCUUUCCAGGUCUUGAGGGAAGCGAUCUUUCGAAAUCCGACAAGCCUGCAGAGUAUGCGAGAUCAUGGUGGCGUGCAAAAAUUUGCUCAGCUGAUCAGUUGGGCAGCUUUUACGAUUCCAGAUGUAACUCCGAAGCUAAAGCUACCUUCUCAGGGUAAUUUCAACAAGUCAUUAAGGAUGAACCUUUCACCCCAUUCUCAUUCAAAAGAAGAGGCACAUGUGUCCUUUCCUACGUCACCAAGUGUAUCACCAAGCAGCCAGAAAAGCAUUCAAACGACUCCACCUCGUGACAAGGAAUCCUCUUCAUCUGGAGGAUUUCAGGGUUCUGAAGAUGUCCAUGAAUUUAUUUAUGAAGGUGUUACUUUGCGAAGCUGGAAUUGGAGAGUGGCUGAUCUGUGCCGGAUUCUGUGUUCUGUCUUGGUUCCUGUUGGUGAUGCAAUGAAGUUUGCAGCAGGAAUGCAAGGAGGACCAGAUGGGGCCAGUAAUUCAAGUCUUUAUUGGGAGCUAGCUACUCGUUUUAUUAUUGAUGUCUUGAUUGAUGUGUUUCAAGGACAUGAUGGUAGCUUGAAUCAGAUCAAUAGAGGCUUAUUCAGUGGUCACAGGUUGCAGUCAACUACACUUCAACAUUAUGUUCUGCAUGUAUUCAAGAAGAUGUUGGAGGGUACACCGACAGUGGUGAACUUGUUCCGCAAGGAUGGUGUAUGGGACUUGGUGUUCUCCGAAUGGUUCUUCUACUUCGGAUUUGGGGAUUUGAAUAGAUCUGUUGAGAAAGAGAGAAAGAGCGGUCCAAAAAUCGGUGAUGAUUCCCAAUCUACAUCGAAGAUACAAAAAGCUUCAACUUCAGAUGUGAAUAUUAGUACGGGGAAUCUCAAUCCUCGAGAAUGUGUACUGUCAAUCCAUGUGUCUUCAGAUACAGAGCCAUUGCGCUUGGAAGUAAUAUCUUUUUUGGAAUUGGCUGCAACUACCUCUGCCUUAUCGGACAAUCUGUCGGAAUGCGGUGCUCUUAUGGAAGCCCUUCAGCAGUGUUCGUUUCUUCCUAGGAUUGUGACUAUGCUGGCAAAGAGUCUGCACCGGGUACUUCAGCUAGCCCCAGAACCUACAAUAAAAUCAUUAAGGACUUUGAACGCCACCUCAAUCAUUACGCACGUUAUGGAACAGCAGAAGAAGGCAUCAAUAGAGGCUUUGAAAGAAGAUUCGGCAGAAAGGAAUGAGAACAGCAGGUUGGAGGAUUCAUGUAGUGCUGAUCUUUGGCAUGAGGCAAUGGACGCACUAUGUACUGUUUUCUCAUCGUAUUUAGCUGCCAGUGAAGAAGCAGUUGUAGACGCUUCUAGAAACUCAAGAGCUAUUGAUGCUUUGUUCAAUCUAUUGUGGGACACUACGACAAGAGAUUUUGCUCUUAACCACAUACUUCUGUUGAUGAAGUUGACACCAACAUGUGAACUGGACCAAGAUGCAAAACUGGAGCUAUGUCUCAAGUAUUUGCAAUCUUUACCACGAGCGCAGGUUGAAUCUCGGAGCACUGACAUUAGCAUCGUUUUUGACCUGCUACGUGGCAUGCGUGAAGUGCUGGAGACAGAUUUAACUCAUUAUCAAGCUCUCUUUCGGGAUGGAGAGUGCUUUGUUCACAUAGUCACGCUUCUGAAUGAAGAACGUCCAGCAGAAGUUGGUUCACAGCUAAGCCUGGAUGUAUUGUUCACACUUACUCGCCUUUUACAAGGGAAUGAAGCCUCUAAGGCAUCAUUUAGAAGUAUUGUGGGUGCUGGGUAUAAGACUCUGGAAUUUGUUCUCAUUGAACUGCACAACGGCAAGCCGAGCCGUGAACUACUUCUUUCGCUGUUGGGUAUGCUGGUUGAUGGUAGCUUCGACCCAAGUAACAUGCUUAUUCAGAAUGAGGACGUUGUGCUGCUCUACUUCAGCAUUCUGCAACGUUGCAAUGAACAAGAUCGAGUGAAUGGUCUGGAUACUUUUCAACUUUUGCUUGAGGAGUCGACUGCAAAUCGAGCUGCUUGUGUUCGAGCAGGAUUGUUGUCUUUGCUCUUGGAGUGGUUUGCUAAAGAGACGGACGUAGCUUUGAUAGUGAAGUUUGGCCGCCUAAUGCAAAUGAUUGGGGGCCAUAGUAUAAGUGGGAAAGAUAUGCGCAGCAUUUUUGCUCUCUUGCGGAGUAGCAAAGAUGGAUUACGCCCUCGUCAUGGCACCUUGUUGUUGCAGAUAUUUCAAGGCAUGCUCAAAGAGCAGGGUCCGGCUGUUUUUUUUGAUUUGAGUGGUCGAGAUUCUGGUAUUGUUGUUACAUCGCCUUUGAGAUGGCCAUCCAAUCGAGGGUUUAGCUUUUGUGCUUGGGCCCGAGUGGAGAGCUUUCCAGCUGGGAGCUCACCAAAAGCACCAGAAGGCAUGAUGGGUCUUUUCAGUUUCCUUUCAGAGAAUGGAAAAGGCUGUUCUGCAACUAUUUCUAGUGAGCAGUUUGUGGUGGAGAGCAUCAGCAAUAAACGGCAAAUCACCUCAUUAAAGGUUCAAUUGCAAACGAAACGGUGGUAUCAUAUAUGUGUGACGCACAACACUCAAAGAGCUCUUAGUGGUGGAAAUACUAUCAAAGUAUACAUUGAUGGUGAGCUAGUCGCGAGUGACAGAUUCAGAUACCCAAAAGUUGGCGAGAUGUUGACAAGGUGUACAAUAGGAGCGAGUGCUCCAAUCACAACAGUUGAUGUAAUUGGUUUUAACAAAAUUUCAGGAGGAUUUUCUGCUCCAUUUUGUGGGCAAUUAGGUCCGUUAUAUUUGUUUGACGAUGCCAUGUCUGCCGAGCAAGCAAUGGGAGUUUUCUCUCUUGGACCUGAUUAUAUGUAUUCUUUCCUUCCUAGUGAAGUUGGUUAUGUGCCAGAGAACAUCUCCACUGACAGCAUCAUUAAUGAUAAAGAUGGUUUGGCUUUCAAGAUGGUUUUUGGGUAUAAUGCCCAGGCAAGCUCAGGGCGAGCUCUCUUUGAUAUCUCGCCAGUGCUUGAGUACUCACCAGACCCAAUUCUAUAUGAUGCAACCAUAAUGUCUGGGACUCUUCUCUGCUAUCGCCACUUGGUCCAAGACAGUGUGCAGUGUGUAGGUGGCAUUGGGGUGUUUUUCCCUCUUUUAACUCAGUUAGAUCAACCAGUAUGUACAGCCUCUGAUGUAAUGGGAAACACGUCUGACCAGAAGUACGUGGAGGGCUACCCUAUUGACAGUCAUGUUGCAGUUGAGGUCAUAGACCUGCUUACUGCUGUCCUUGAUGGUAAUUUAGCCAAUCAGCAGUACAUGCGCAACAUGUCUGGUAUGUCAAUACUGGGCUUUUUGCUUCAGUCAGUGUCUCCCCAGCAUCUUACGGUGGACGUGGUAGCGGCUUUGGAGCGACUUGUCACUACAGUUGCCAAAGGAAGUGGUGCCUCUCUGGCUAGUGCUUUGGUUAAGGAAGCUUUGGUUAAAUUGUAUUUUAAUCCGCACAUUUGGAUUUUCACUCCGUUGAUUGUGCAUCGCGAGCUGUAUGUUUCCUUAAUCAACUAUUUCAAGAAAGACGGUAGCCUCUUACGAAGUGUCUGUGGGCUUCCUCGGGUUCUUGACAUGCUUCGUCAGUUUUAUUGGGAUAAACCAAAACGUAAAGCUUUAGGCACGAAGCCAUUGCUUCAUCCAGUCACUAAGGCUGUAAUCGGGGAGCGGCCCAACCGGUCGGAAAUCAGUGAAUUAAGGCAGCUUGUUCUGAUUCUUGCCGAGGGUGGCUUAAGGGAGAAAGCAUCUUUAGUUGAUAUUAAAGCAUUGGUUGCCUUUCUGGAGGCUAGUGAAGAUGAUAUUUGCGUCAAGGAUGUGCUUUUCAUGGUGUUGAGCCUAUUGACUCAGAAGUCUUUUGUUGCAUCCUUCAUCGAACAUGUGAAUUCGCUUGGUGGAAUAACAAUCCUCCUAAAUCUUAUUCGAAGGCCCCAAGAGGACAUCCGGCUGUUAGCAUUCCGCCUAAUUGGAGUGCUGAUAGUAGCAAUGUUUGAAAAAAAAGGUGCUGGCAGUUCGUUUUUGGGUACUUCAAAAGCGACUGCCGAGUUUCAACGUGUUGAAAAGAUCAAAGUUAACCACGUUUUCUCAGUUAUGAUUGAAAGUGUGACAACAUUUCCUUUCACCGACGCUGUACGUGCCACUCUGUUCGAUAUUUUGUUGGGGGAAGCGGGUCCAAAGCAGCUCCCCCAGGAGGGUUCGAUUAAUGAACAAGCUAACCCUGUGGCGGCGAAGAGUCUCAGUCGCGCGAAGUUAACAACCCAGAUUUCGAAUUUCUUUCGCGUUCCUGAAAAACCUGGUGAAAGAGUAGGUGCAUUUGUGCUUCCUCAAGUUUUGAGGAUCCUAUUCAGGGUACUUGCAAAUUCGGAAGAUUCGAUGCUGAGGUUGGAAAUUUUGAAGGAUACGCUUGGCUUGCUUGAGGCGAACCCAUUGAAUAGCGAGGCACUGACCCUGGAGCCAGCUUGGCAAGGUUGGCUUUUGGCUGCACUUGCAGCUUCUUUGAAACGCAGCAGGAGUACUUUGGGGGAUUCCGCAGAAGUGUCGGUUUGGCUUUUGGGCCCAGAGGAGGCUCUCAUGCGGAAACUCUUUCGAGCAUUUCAUGUCUAUUGCAUCUGCACUUCUCGUAAUGGAUGGUUGCACGUGGAGAGAACAUGCAAUUUUGUUCACAUGCUGGCGAAGGAGGGUCAACUAUCUGAAUUCCACACGUUGCACGUACUGCUUGGGGAUCUUGUGGAGGCCAUUGUACAAGGGUUGCCUUUGCAGGCAUCUCUUUUUACACAACCCUGCCGAGACAAUGCUCUGUAUCUUCUUUCGCUUGUGGACGAGUUGAUUUUAGGCGAAGCUUUCGAUCUGCUUCCUUCAUUUGCUCCCGGAUCUGCAAAUGUAGAAGACAAUGGCCUUUUGUCAGGUGAUAAUGUUGACUCGGGUCUUUCUCCUUUCAAGAUAUCUGGAAAAUUUUCUGAAGACGAUUGGGAGAGUACAAAGCUUGUCAGGAAAGGAUCUAUUGGAGUAUCACGUUGGCGUUUUCGAACACCCUCGGGGGAGCGCAUUGACGUUCAUGACAAGUUUCAGUGCUGGCGGUUGUAUGAUAAAGUCUGGAGCCUCUUAAUCACUAUGAAUGGCCGAGGAGCAGGAAGCGGAAAUAUUUAUCAGACAGGCGUGUCUGGCCCAACUCUGGGACAAAGAGCUCGGGGGCUUGUAGAGUCACUGAAUAUCCCCGCUGCAGAAAUGGCAGCUGCUGUAGUGUCAAGUGGAUUGGGAGCUGUUGGUAUGAAUCCUCCGAACAAGCUUGUAGACAAAGUGUUUCGACUGAGGAGCGAAAGAUGCCCUCGAAUUGUUUUCAGACUUGUUGUGCUUUAUCUCUACAACGCGGAUUUGCAUUCGGCCACACGCUGUGUUGAACAUUUUCUGGCUCUUCUCCCAUCCUUUGUAUCCUCCGAAGUUGAACAGAACAAGAACCGGUUGCAACUCUUCUUAUGGACACUCCUAGAUGCGAGAGAGCAGAUUGGAAAUAUGGAUGAUGGCGCUCGAGUUCAUGUCAUCUCUAAGCUAAUCCAAGAAUCCAUAGAAAUUGGAAAGUCUAUGCUAGCUACGAGCAUGGUUGAAAAAGAGAAGAAAUUAGAAUCUGACUCCUCUGUGCAGAGCCUGCUUCAGCGAGAGAGGGUUGUUGCUGCGGUUAUUGAAGAGGCGAAGCAUCUGAAGAGUACCACGUCUCAGAGGAUUCAAGAUGUUGAAGCAUUACUAAGUGAGCUGGAUGAUGCAAAUCUUGCCGAGUCACAACAGAAGACUGCAUUAGAGGACCAGAGUCACGUGGCUUUAGGUACUAUCUGUUCAGUGGACCGGUGUCGCCAGACUGCGGCUCAGUUGGCCUAUGAUGAAGAGCAGCAAGCUAUAUCUGAGCAAUGGUGUCAUAUGUUCCGCUACUUGACAGAUGAGAGAGGUCCAUGGUCAACUGUUCCCUUCCCUAAUGAUGUCACUCUUCACUGGAAGUUAGAUAAAAUGGAGGAUCCUGUUAGGCGAAGGUUGAAGCUUAGAAGAAAUUACCACUUCAACAAAGAAUACUUGCAUCCUGCUACCAGCAUCUCUAAAGGUCCCCCAGUGGAUCUUGUGAAUGAACGAGGGAGUUCUGUGGAGCUCCUCAUGGGAGGAGUGAGACAGUUUCUGCUUAAAGGCAUGCGAGGAGUGACGGAAGAAAGCUUAUCGGAUGGUGAAGAUAAUCAGCUGAAGUCAAACGAUGUGGAGGUUACCCCUGCCGAAGCAGAUGUUGAUAGUUCUCGUCGGUCUGAAGAGACAGGUGUUGCUGCUGGUGUAACAGAGGAGGGUGGCACUCUGCAGGAGCAUGUACAGGUUGCUCUGCCAGAGGAAGCCGGAGAGGAGGAGGUUUUGCUAUCUGUGUCUUGUAUUAUGGUGUCUGCUAAGAGGAAAGUGGCUGGACGAUUGGAGGUCAUGCAGUCCAGCCUUCACUUCUAUGGCGAGUUCAUUGUUGAGGGCACCGGUGGACGAUCGGUAUUUAAUAACGCAGGUGGAUUGAAUUAUCCUGAUGCUGUCACAAUGGAAAAAGGGUUCAACAAAUCUAAGAUGAGCGGACGGAGAGACUUCCUUGAUGGAUCAGAGGUUGAUAGAGGUAAUGCCAUGGAACGUCUAGACCCAAUGCAGGGAGGCUUAGUGAAGGGCAUCAAGCGGCACAGCCGCUGGGACUUGUCUCAGGUCAAGGCCGUUCAUUCAACUCGAUAUCUUCUGCAGUACAGUGCCCUUGAAAUCUUCUUUAGCAGCUCUAUCCCUCCUGUGUUUUUUAAUUUUCCUAAUCAGAGGCUGGCCAAGGACAUCGGCGUGAUGAUAGUAGAUCUUCACAAUGGUCGAGGGUCUGGGAAAUCAACAAGAGGGAAAGAGCACAUUAUUGAUUACAUUGAUAGAAGGAAGGCUUGCGAACUUGCUGAGGAUGCAAGGAAGCAAUGGCGACGUCGAGAGAUGAGCAACUUCGACUAUCUCGUGACUCUGAACACUCUAGCAGGGAGAUCUUACAAUGACAUGACCCAGUAUCCAGUUUUCCCUUGGAUUCUGUCAGACUAUACAUCAGAAAAGUUAGAUCUAAGUGAUCAUGCGUCAUUCCGAGAUUUGUCCAAACCAGUUGGUGCAUUGAACCAAAAACGGUUUGAGCUAUUUGAAGAGCGAUUUCAAAAUUUUACCGACCCUGAUAUUCCAAGCUUCUACUAUGGAUCCCAUUAUUCAAGUAUGGGAAUUGUAUUGUUCUACCUUCUUCGUCUUGAGCCUUUUACUCUACUUCAUCGGCAGCUACAGGGGGGCAAGCUGGAUCAUGCAGACCGUCUUUUUCAUAGUGUAGAAAGCGCCUUUCAGAAUUGUCUCACCAACUCCGGUGACGUUAAAGAACUAGUACCCGAGUUCUUUUAUUUGCCAGAAUUUCUGGUCAACAGUAACGGGUAUUAUCUUGGUGUAAAACAAGAUGGGGAGGCUCUAGGUGAUAUUGUCUUGCCACCUUGGGCGAAGAGAUCACCUGAACUUUUCAUUCAACUUAAUAGGGAAGCUCUGGAGAGUGAGUAUGUUAGUGACCAUAUCCAUGAGUGGAUUGACCUCAUGUUCGGCUACAAACAGCGAGGUCGCCCUGCUGUAGAAGCUGCAAAUGUGUUCUACCAUUUGACAUACGAAGGAGCUGUAGAUCUGGACGCUAUGGAAGACUGCACGGAGAGAACUGCUAUUGAGGAUCAAAUUGCAGGUUUUGGUCAAACCCCCAUACAACUUUUCAAAAAGAAGCAUCCAAGAAGAGGUCCAGCACAGCCAAUUGCACGACCUCUCUAUUAUGCGCCUGCUUCCAUCACGAUGACAUCCACUAUUCCAGCACCGUCUCCAUCUCCUGGACAGAAAGUGACUAAAGUGGUAUUUGUUGGACUCAUUGAUGGGUUGGUGGUAACUAUCAAUAAAAGCCUCUCUGUGGUUGUGCGGACAUGGAUCACACCUGCAUUACAGAAUUUCACUUUCUCCUCUUCUCAGGAUUCAUAUUUCGGGAUUAGCCAAGAGGUUGUUUUGAGCCGGAAAAUCUAUGGUCCAAUUGUUGACGACGUUUCAUUGAGCUCUUGCUGCUUUGGAACGCUCUUAGUGCGUUCCUCAUCUUUCCUGUUGACCUGUGGUCAUUGGGACAAUAGCUUCAAGGUCAUUUCUUUGGAUGGAGGAGAUUUGGUUCAAAGUAACAGCCAACAUAAAGAUGUCGUAACUUCUUUGUCAGUGGCUGUCGAUGGAAGUGUGGUUGUUACUGGCAGUCGAGAUACAACUGUGAUGGUUUGGGAUAUUGAACACACGACAGUUAGUACCAGGAGGCUAGGAAGUAUUAAAGACACUUUGACGGAAAAGCAUCGGAAAUCCGACACUGUGGUGAUAUCCGACAAACCACGACAUGUUCUGUGUGGACAUGAUGAUGCUAUUACAUCUGUGGCUGUUAGAGUGGAGUUGGAUAUUGUUGUUAGUGGCUCAAAGGAUUCCACAUGCAUAUUUCACACGUUGCGGACCGGCAGGUAUGUAAGGUCUAUUAGGCAUCCCAACAGAUGUCCUGUUACAAACCUCAAGGUUUCACAACAUGGGCUAGUAGUUGUUUACUCCCACGGAGACCUGAGCCUCCAUGUUUGCUCCAUCAAUGGGAAGUGGUUAGCAUCAGUCGACGUUAAAGGUCGUCUGAACUGCAUGGACAUUAGCCACUGCGGACACUUUCUAGUAUGUGGGGGAGAUCAGGGUCAGGUGUUGGUUUUCAAACUUCAAACUCUGGAAGUUGUGCGCCGGUAUGAAGGAGCAGGAGUGGCGGUCACUUCUCUUACAGUUACUCCAGAAGACUGCUUUCUUGUGGGUACCCACGAUGGAGCUCUUGUAGUGUUUUCUUUGGAGUUUCAAUACCCCAAGAAAGCAGGGUUCUUCGCCUCCAUUCAAAGGCAUGUUCGGUAGGUAGUUGACUCUUUAGAAAGAGAUCCGGGUAUUUCAAGCGCAGAUUACGGUUGCGGGCGUUCAGCUGGAAUAUGUUCUUACCAACUUAGGUUUAUCGUUGAGAAGGAUUCAAUCGUAGUCUAUUGUGGCUUAACACAAGCCCAUCAUACGGUGGUGAUAUCAACGCACAUGCAGUAGAAAAACGAUUGGUUUGAUAGAGCUAAUUCCACGUUCAGCAUGUUAACAUAGGGUGAACUUUUAUGUACAGAUUCUUUAUUUUGUAUUUGCAGCUGUUGUCUGCUGCUUUUGAUUGAAACAUGAAGUGUUUUGAUACUCUUAUGAGA